CGCACCGAACCCGGGAAAAGUUCACGGUUUAAAGCUGACAGAACUACCUGACAUAGAGAACAUAGCAGCCAUGUCGCAGCGGACGAGGAGCUCUGGAUUUGACAGCGCUCAGUCUCGCUACUACUGAGCGCGCGCGCGCGAGUAAACAGGGGGAAAGGGCUGCGUCGCCCGCCCCCCCCUUCUUCUGGCUUGUGAGUGGAUAUCGCCUCCCCGAUGGACAGUCAACGGGGCUUUUACGAGAUGGAGAACCCGGCGGAGAACCCCAGCAAGGCGGUGGAGUACCUCGCGGAGCUGAACAAGAUCAUCGAGACGCAGCAGGGGCUGCUGGAGAAGCAGCGGGUCCGGAUCGAGGAGCUGGAGCUCCAGGUGACGGACCUCUGCAAGGAGAACGUGUGCCUGAAGGACCAGCACCAGCGGCACCUGGCCACCUGCAGACUUCAGCAGGGCAACCACUCUGCCCUGGUCGCCAUCAAGGAGAACGCGGCGCAGGAAAAAUCUGAAAGCGGAUGUUCAAGAAGUGUCAGGCGACACACCUCAUUGCCCGUAGAAGUCUCAGAGAUCCCUCUAAACCUUAUUGACCCAUCGUGUCGAAGAAGUUACCCCUGUCGCAAAUGGAAGUCUGCAUCUUUCGGUGUGGAAGGUGAUGCUGCAGGCAGCGAGGUGGGCGCCUCCCUGGACCCCGGCGGUGGCUACAGCUGCAUCCCAGUGACCCACAGCGGCGGGCUGGGCCCCGACCACCUGGACAACCAGCUCUACGGACACAUCCUGCUGCCCGGCCACUUGCGGCCCCGCCGACCCAAGCUCCCACACUCCCAGUCCAUCCUCCGCAAGCAGGCAGAGGAGGAGGCCAUCAAGCGCUCCCGCUCGCUGUCGGAGAGCUAUGAGCUCUCAGCGGACCUGCAGGACAAGCAGGUGGAGAUGCUAGAGCGUAAAUAUGGUGGCCGUUUCAUAACCCGGCAUGCAGCCCGCACCAUCCAGACAGCCUUCCGCCAGUACCAGAUGAACAAGAACUUUGAGCGUCUCAGAAGUUCUAUGUCUGAGAACCGUAUGUCCAGGCGGAUCGUCCUAUCCAAUAUGAGAAUGCAGUUUUCCUUUGAAGGACCUGAAAAAGUCCACAGCUCCUACUUCGAGGGAAAGCAGGUCUCACUAACUGAUGACGGCACCAAAAUGGGUGCCCUCGUGCAGUCGGAGCACGGCGGGGAGAUGGGCCUGCAGGCCAAGACCCCCACCACGCAGAGCGACUUCACAGACGCUAUCACAGAACUAGAAGAUGCCUUCUCCAGGCAGGUCAAAUCUCUAGCUGAGUCCAUCGACGAUGCGCUAAACUGUCGCGGUCAGCAUGGUGACGACAACCAGUCGGAGCCGGGGAGAAGCCACCACGACAUGGACAGGGAGGUCAGCUGCCAGGUGAAACCCGCCCACGGGGCUUCGGAACACCGCAAACUGGAUGAGAUGACGGCGUCUUACAGUGACGUUACCCUUUACAUCGAUGAAGAAGAACUGUCGCCACCACUGCCCCCGUCUCAAUCUGUGGACCGCACCUCCAGCACCGAAUCUGACUUGCGUCAGCGUUCCCUCAACUCUUCCCAGGACUACUGGUCACUGGCUCAUAAGGAUGAAAAGGGGGACACGGACACCAGCUGCCGAAGUACACCAUCUCUGGAGUACCAAGAGCAGCGCUUGCGAGUGGACCACCUCCCCUUACUGACCAUUGAGCCUCCGAGCGACAGCUCGGUGGAGCUCAGUGAUCGCUCUGACCGCAGCUCCUCGAAGAGACCGAACGCCUCCGACCGGACUCUCGGCAAACAGCAGAACAGCCCCAAGCACAUCGGCCACAGUCUGCCCCCCCGAGGGCCUUCCAGAGACGAGGACGCCCCGCGCCAUCGGCCGCGGCAACUGGAGGCCCACCUGGCCAUCAACGGCACCGCCAACCGGCAGAGCAAGUCGGAGUCCGAUUACUCCGACGGCGACAACGACAGCAUCAACAGCACGUCCAACUCCAACGACACCAUCAACUGCAGCUCCGAGUCCUCGUCCAGGGACAGCCUGAGGGAGCAGACGCUCAGCAAGCAGACGUACCACAAAGAGACUCGCAACAGCUGGGACUCGCCUGCGUUCAGUAACGACCUCAUUCGCAAGAGGCACUACCGCAUCGGCCUCAAUCUCUUCAACAAGAAACCAGAAAAAGGCAUCCAGUAUCUGAUAGAGCGAAACUUUGUUCCGGACACUCCAGUGGGUGUGGCCCACUUCCUGCUCCAGAGGAAAGGCUUGAGUCGGCAGAUGAUCGGCGAGUUCUUGGGCAACAGACAGAAACAAUUCAACCGAGAUGUCCUCGACUGUGUGGUGGAUGAAAUGGACUUCUCGGCUAUGGAGCUGGACGAAGCACUCAGGAAAUUCCAGGCACACAUCAGAGUGCAAGGAGAAGCACAGAAGGUGGAGCGACUCAUAGAGGCCUAUAGCCAACGCUACUGCAUCUGCAACCCCGGCGUGGUGCGGCAGUUCAGGAACCCCGACACCAUCUUCAUCCUGGCCUUCGCCAUCAUCCUCCUCAACACGGACAUGUACAGCCCCAACGUCAAGCUGGAGAAGAAGAUGAAGCUGGAGGACUUUGUCAAGAAUCUUCGAGGAGUGGACGACGGGGAAGACAUCCCCCGAGAGAUGCUGGUGGGGAUUUAUGAGCGGAUCCGCAAGCGGGAGCUCAAGACCAACGAAGACCACGUGUCGCAGGUUCAGAAAGUGGAAAAACUCAUCGUAGGAAAGAAGCCGAUCGGCUCGCUACACCAUGGUCUGGGCUGUGUGCUCUCUUUACCCCACCGGAGACUGGUCUGCUACUGCAGACUUUUUGAAGUGCCCGACCCCAACAAACCUCAAAAGUUGGGCCUCCACCAAAGGGAGAUCUUCCUCUUUAACGACCUGCUGGUGGUCACCAAAAUUUUACAAAAGAAGAAGAACUCUGUGACGUACAGCUUUCGGCAGUCCUUCUCGCUUUACGGCAUGCAAGUGCUGCUCUUUGAGAACCAGUAUUAUCCCAAUGGAGUCCGUCUGACCUCAGCCAUUACCGGAGCUGACAUCAAAGUCCUCAUAAACUUCAACGCGCCCAAUCCUCAGGACCGCAAAAAGUUCACUGACGAUUUGCGAGAAUCUAUCGCUGAGAUCCAAGAGAUGGAGAAGUACCGGAUAGAAUCUGAGCUGGAGAAGCAGAAGGGCGUGGUGAGGCCCAGCAUGGCCCAGAAGAAGGAAACGGGCAACGGCAACCUGAGCCGAGGGAGCCUCGACGACAGCUACGCCACCGGCGAGGGUUUGAAGAGGAGCGCCCUCAGCAGCUCCCUACGUGACCUCUCGGAUGCAGGCAAGCGUGGGAGACGCAGCAGUGCGGGAUCACUAGACAGCAAUAUGGAAGGGUCCAUCAUUAGCAGCCCCCACAUGCGCCGGAGGACCCCCUCGGCCCGAGACUGCCCGUCCCGCCACAGCGGCCAGUCGCUGCCCAACUGCUCCUCGCUGCUCGGAACGCUGUUCGGCACCCGGCGGGUGAAGUCCCCCAGCCCCACCCCACAGGCGCUGCACCCCACCCUCAUCUCUCACACCCCUCACCCCGCCAACCUGCACCACACGGCCCGGUCGGAGACUGACGCGCCGGCCUCCGCCCACCACGGCCAGUUCUGCCCCGUGACCCAGAACCCCCCGCCUUACCACCACCACCACCACUACCACCCGCCGGCCCACCUGCAGCACCCGCCGCACCAGUACCACCCGCCGGCGUCUCACGGCCAGCAGCCGGCCUACCCGCCCCACGGCCACGGGGGUCAUCCGCCGCACCCCGCCCACGGGCCCCACCACCACGGCCCGCCGCCGCCCUCUCAGGCUCCCAGCAGCACCAAGCCCAAACACAGCGGCAUCAGCACGGUGGUCUGAUGUGUGCGCGGGGGGGGGGGGGGAAGGGCCUCUCUGACUGAACUUUUUUUAAUCCGAGGCUCUCGCACUGUGCAUCCGCCGGCCCGGGGAUGUGAGGCCAGACGAGAUCCUGUGCCUCCUUUUGGCGUUUCAUUUUUAUUUCAUUCUUUUACGCUCGGGGCAGCGUAUUCAAUACAAACACAUUUCCUCUGCGGUCGCUUCCUUUCGUUUCAUCUCACAGGUCACGCCUGGCUGCCUCGAGGGCAGCGGACAACGACGCAAGAGCAUGCACAAAGACCACAACUACUGUUUCUCCUCAGUAAAGUGAAGCGACACAAAUAUCUUGCCCACUGGUAAUUUACAGAAGAUUUAACCUAGUGUGUGGGGGAGUGGGGGGGGGGGACUGAACGGUCAGAGGCCGUAAGUAGCGUACCAGUAUUUAAUGUAGCGGUAGCUCACAGUGCACUGUGAUAUCUGUUGGCAGUGAUACAUGUGCCAAUUAUGGAAGCAUUUACUAAUUUAGUCACGGCAAUUGCUUUGUGUAUAUUGUGCAUAGUGUUUUGUAAAAUGAUAAUUAUCAACUGUUAUUGUUAUAGUUAUUAUUACAGAACAAAAGCCACGUCGAUUAUAACUCAGUAUAUUAUACUGGCACAAAGGUGGCGUGUGUUACGGAACCGACCGGAGCUUUUGUGAGCGAGGCAGUGAGCGGGGACACCGCUGUGCACGGUUGCCUUUGAGCGAGGUCGAGGGCCGCUGCACACAUUGCACGCCGCCGGCCUUUAAAAUGCGGCGAAUACAGAGUCUGCGCAAACCGCGUGCUCAGCGUCUCCCCUGCAUGUGGAAGCUCUCAGCUGGCUGAGUAGUCCACUCUUCGGUUUCACGGAGCGGCCGAGCGCCGUCCGCUUACCCCCGUCCGUCUCGCGACUGCGUGGCAGAAAAUCAAUAAUUAUCAGCGUGCGAUGGUCGAAGGCGCUCGCGACGCCUCGCUCUGCUCACCGCGAAUGGCAGUUUUUACAUCAAUCCCCCUUCUGACAUAUUAGCGCGGGGUGGGGGGGGGGGGGGGGGGGCGAGAGCAUAUUUAGUGACGGACGGCACUCGUUCUACUCAGUUGAUAUCGAUGGCAGAAGUUCGAGUCUCAAUCUGGUUGAAGACUAUGAGAUGGAUUUAUUUACUUUUUUACUUGUAUGUGCAAUAUGUAUUCACUUUUUUGUGUCUCAGAGCUAUUUCACUCCGGUGGUUGUUUUCCAUUUCAUUUGGUUCUGUCUUCUCUACCCUCCCCCGCCCCACAAAACCUUUGGUCAUUUCUCCCCUCAUGUUUCGGUCAAGUAUCUACAUGGACUCGGAGGGACUGGACCUUCCACGCUGAUCAAUAAUUUUGCAUGUGACGAUGUCUUUCCAGGCUAUUUCCUCACUGUCGUGUAUUCCCGAACUAUAUCAGUGUUGCAGUCGACAGUUGUUUAAAAACGAGAAAGGAAUUAAUGGUAGAAUAGUUUAGACUUGUUUGCGAUUGCAAGCUAACGGAAGUCUACGACGUGUUUGUGUCACAACGGCGUCCGUGUUAGUUUCCUGAUGCACGCCAAUGGUUCGCCGGAUCUGUGGCGUACAACAGCAGUUGAAGCUGUGGGGGGGGGGAGGUAGAGCGGGCGUGACACGAGACCGAGCCCCGUCACCUGGAAGUCAGAGCGGUGAUGGGCAGAACGAAUCGGAACUCGCUUUUCUCCGUAAUUUAGCAUCCGUGUCCAUCAAUGGCUCACACGCCGCUGUCCAGUGACAUCCAGUAGAUCAGUGAAUACAUCUAUCGCCAUGGUUUCAGGUUAUCGAGGCACCAAGAGUUGUUAGACUCUGUAACUAAUUUGAUUCAUCGAUAAAGUGAACUGACCAUUAAAAUACGGAAGCAGAAUGCGGACGUGCUAUCAAUUUCUUUUUUCUUGCCGUUAUCUCGAUAUCGCCAGUUAAUUGUUUUUGUAAUGUCGAGAAAACAAACUUUCCCCUAUAGAGAUAACAAGUUAAUUAUCCUUUUUAGAUACAGUAUUUUUAUAUUAUAUUUUCUUAUUCACAGGCUUCUUUACGGUCUACGGUCAGCUCGUCAUUGAGCGGUAGCGUCAGUUAGAGUGCGCUGGUUAAAUCCAUUGUUCUCCUUGUCUCUGAUAAACAUUAGAAUCAUUAGGAGGAAGCAACCUUUUUUUGUUUUCCCGAGAUAACAAGUCGAUUCUUCCGUGGAAAAGAUAAAAAAAAUUCUGGAGAUAACGGCAUUGAAGAAAAAAAAAUGCUAGCUUUAAAUGCAUUUAUAAUGGAUGAAUGAUUUGCUUUACACAUCAAUAAUAAGCCAUUCAUAAGGACAUCUUUUGGGUCCCCUUUAGCUGGUGUUAAAAACCUCCAGUAAAUGUUAUUAUUGUCUAGUUCACAUUACACGACGACCUUAGCCCUUACAUUUAAUUCCUAUAUUUAUUUUUGAAACAAAAUCAAAGGCAAAUUGGAGUUUGCUCUGCGCGUGCGCAUCGACGCUCAAGCGUUACGCGUGAACUGUUCUGUUUAUCAACAGCUCAUUCCUGAUGUAUGAAACUUUAGUGAAGUGUGAUUCACCGUUAUAAAGUAGUGAGCUACCACCUUAAAAACCCUUAAUAAAUGGGUGCCAUGUUAGACAGUAUUUGCCAUGAUCCAGAAUGUAUUCAGCCGGCUUUAUGUACGGCUACCCUAAAACCUAACAUUUGAGUUUGACUGUAAAUCUAUCAAAGAUACGGCGUUUAAUCCAGCAUAGUUUAGGUUGCUAUGGAGUCACAAAAGUGCCAAUGCAGCAUGGUCAUUACAUUUGAAAUCCGCUUUGUACCUAAAUAAAAGGUCCCAAUAAAACAACUCCCACAGUUGACCGACCGCAAACUUCUGUCUCCAGAACAAAGUCUGAUUACCGACCAGUUGUGAUGACGUUUUGGUGCAAUCGGCUACCAAGAGGAAACCUAGCUUCAUUCCAUAUUGACCCCAGAAUUACGCCCAAUCGGUAUGUUUUCAGUCACAUCCCACCAGUUCCUUCAACCGGUCCAGAUCCCGUGCGAGGUGCUUUGUCGCAUGCCAUUGAUGCCUACCGUUUCUUUUCUUUCUCUCUCUUUGUUUUUGUGUGGUUCUAUCGCGCGGUGGGCUUGACUCGCCCCUAAACUUUCAAGUAGCUUUGAUUUCUCUGACCGAUGCUUGUUUAAUUUUUGAGAGAUUUCUGACUCCUACUAGCGUGUCUUUUCAUGUCAAGUUGUCAUCUUACCCCCGGCAUGCAUUUCACCUCUCUAUCUCCACUGUACAGUACAAAGACAAGGCGAUAUACUGCUGGGUGUAAAUAGCAAAUCCAUCUUUGGUGGGUGGGGGGGGGGGGGCUGAGGUAAGUUGGUGAAGUGGCGACAUUUUACGGGUGCGUGGGUAGCAAAAACCAAUGAGAAGGACAUAUGUAAAUAGCCUGUAAAUAAUGAUAAUUAUUAUUACUACUACUGCUCUGUGUCUGCAGUUCCAUCAAAGGUGCAUUCCUGCUCCCCUCUGAUAUUUACAUAAUCAUCAACUGCUUUCUCUCUGCCUCUUGACCGGAACUGAAUUAUCGUAGGGAUGUAGAGCCGGCUGUUACACGGUAAACGCGGCUUCCGGCUAAUUUUUUCCGGAAACGCUCCUGUUCUCCCGCACUCACGGCCCACUUUUAGGAGGUCGAAUGGAAGGGAGGAGUGCUCCUUAUUUUAUUACGCAUUCUGUUUCUAAGUAGACAAAACCCUAUCGAUGUAAAACUAGUACUGUGACAAUGUUGAGAAACGCAAAAUAAAACAAUAUAUUGUAAAACCUGA